AUGGAGCUCCAGGGCCCGGGGCGAGGUGCUGUGCCGGGGCCUGGAGGGGUGGAUGGAGCUGUUGCAGAGAGGGCUUCUUUUGAGUCGACUCAAGCACGAUUCCGUGGCUCCUUCUUUCCUCCCCAUUUUCCUCCCUCUUAUCCACCCCCUACCGCCACAGUCUGGUGCCGGGACCUGGAGGGGCGGAUGGAGCUGUUGCAGAGAGGGCUGCAAGGCAUCCUCUGUUCAUGGCGCUUGGGGAAGGUAUGGUGUUGGUGGGAAGGGGAGGAUACGCCUGGGGCAGCUGACCCCCUGGUGGGGUAUGACUGGGGCAAGGGCUGCUCUGACCUGCUGCGCGAUGUUGGCUUCUCCAACCUCACCUUCAAGACGUAUCCCAAGUAA